AUGUGGUCCUAUUCAUGUGUAUUGUUGAAGUCCUUUAGUGGUCUAUCUUGGGCUUUGGGUAACACAGCGUGGCGAAGGUUGGUGAACUUAAAUAUCGCUUCGUGUAGGCCGACAAGACGUGGCUGUCGCGCUGGCUCUAACAAGGUGAGAAGUAUCAAAUCGAUUAUUAGUAGCCGAACCGAAGGGAAACUCCGUAGCAUUGAACAGUCUAUGCGAAUCAUGCCAAACAAAUUCGUGUGCCAGAAACCUCUAGCUCCGUCGAGAGUGUCCUUUGUUUUGUCACUGCCGCAUUAUUAUAUAACUGGCGGUCAAAUGGGUGCAAAUCUAAAGAAUCUUACUUAUAUCAAAUGCCAAAACCCAUGUACAGACACCGAACAGAGAGUCUCUCUACAGUUUGUCCCUAGUUUAUUGCUGACCAACGUUAUGUCAUUGGCCCCAAAGAUCGACAAGAUUUGUUCCUUUGUUAAACACGCCGAUCUUGACUUGUUAUGUAUUACAGAAACUUGGCUUCGCAAUACUAUAUCUGACAAUAUUAUUCAGAUUCCUAACUAUAAUGUAGUACGCAAAGACCAAGAAAGUGGUUCACAUGGUGGAGUUUGUGUCUUUGUUCACCACAAUAUUCAUUUUAAUAAUUUAGUCGAACUGCAAUCUCCAAAUUUAGAAGUAAUUUGGAUUAAAAUACGACCAAGACGUCUCCCGCGGUCAAUUUCAUGCAUCAUUGUCGGAAUAAUUUAUCACCCUCCUAAUUCUAAUAACUCAAUCCUGUCAGAGUACCUUUCAGAAUGUCUGACUACCCUUGAAGGAGACUUUCCCAACUGUGGAAUCAUAUUGACAGGCGAUUUUAAUCAAUUUAACACUUCGCCUAUUGCACGACAGUUCAAGUUUAAACAGCUCAUUAAAUUUCCAACUCGAGGAAAUAACACCCUAGACAAAAUCCUUACAAAUUUGCAUUCCUUUUAUAAAGAUGCAAAUUGUCUUUCGCCGUUUGGACUCUUGGAUCACUGCACAAUUACAAUUUUCCCGAAAGAAAGAAUCAAAACUAAGUCAGAACGCAUUAAAGUUUUAGUACGUGAUCGAAGGCCAAGUAAAAAAGAACAACUUGGCCGUUUUCUCUCGGGCGUCAAUUGGUCCAGUUUAUCAGUCGAUUCAGUCGAAAUCCAAGCUGCCAUAUUUAAUGAUUUGAUUCAGGUUGGACUUAAUAAUAUUAUGCCCGAGAAAACACGAGUUAUUCAUAGAAACGACGCUCCAUGGAUGACAACUUAUCUGAAAGAGCUCAUUGUUAAACGCCAAGCAGUCUGGGCACAAGGCAAUCAAAUGCUCUUCAAGUUCUAUCGUAACCGCGUUAAUAGGCAUCGCAAGCGGUGCAGGCAAACUUAUUAUAAUUCUAAAAUACGUCUUUUAAAGGACAGCAAGCCAAAACGAUGGUGGGACGAAGUUAAACGCAUUAGUGGCCACACCCCAAUGUCUGACAAUAAAGAUUUACUAUCCAUCCUUGCUCUUGAAAACAUGAAUAUUAAUGAUUCUUCUCAUGAUGAAAUUGCAAACUUUAUUAACGAUUCCUUUUUGGACCCACAGCAAUCAUAUGUGCCACUUGAUGAGUCUGAUAAAAUCCAGUAUGCAAGGCCAGCAUCUGGCUGUGAUGUAUUACAAGUGCAAGAAAUUGAUGUAUUUAUGAAAUUGAAAUCCCUUAACGCAAGCCAAUCCCCUGGCCCGGAUGGACAUCAACCUUGGUUACUCAGAGAAUUUGCAGAAAUACUGGUCUUCCCAAUUAGCCUAAUUAUUAACAACUCAUUUCAACAAGAAACAUUACCUCUUGGUUGGAAACAGUCAAACAUCACCCCCAUUCCUAAGGCAUGUCAAAUCACAAAUGUAAAUAAACACCUUCGUCCGAUAUCUCUAACGCCAAUAAUCUCGAAGGUGGCAGAGGAGUUUGUCCUUGAGAGGCAAGUUAGACCGGCCAUUUUGGAAAUCAUCGACCAAUUUGGAGUAGUACCCAAAUCCUCUACCACAAUGGCCUUAAUAUCUAUGAUACACCGCUGGGCACAGGCCACUGAUCAACCUGGAAAUUUAGUCCGAACAGUUCUAUUUGAUUUUAGAAAGGCAUUUGAUCUGAUAGACCAUAAACGACUCUCUGCUAAAAUCAGACAACUUAACCUCCCUCCUUAUACAAUAAAUUGGAUCUUGGAUUUCCUUACUGGCCGUAUGCAGCGGGUAAAAUUGAGGAACAAUUGCUUUUCGCAAUGGAGUGAGAUUAGCGCGGGUGUACCCCAGGGUACCAAGCUUGGUCCCUGGUUAUAUGUACUAAUGAUAAAUGACCUGACAACGUCACAUAGCGAUCCUUGGAAAUUUGUCAAUGACACAACUAUUUCGGAAAUACUGAAAAAAGGUCAACGCAGUACAAUUCAGUUAGAUGUUGAUGAUGUUCAAAAUUGGACUAUAACCAACCUAGCUGAACUAAACGAAGAUAAAAGUAAAUAA